AUGAAUGAAGAACGAAGGACCAAGAUUAUUUUUAAGACUCAGGACAUGAAACAAGACCUGAGAAGAAAACCUAACCAGAGGACAAGGAGGCCGGUUUGAAGCAUGAAGCUGAUCAAGCCUUGAUUUAGGAAAGCAAAAAGAAGGUUUGAGAGGACUAAUAGAGCAGCGUUAUCAUUUUCCUCAAAAAACAAUGGCAUGCAAAGCCCUAGUAGUAUUAAAGGCAAGUUGUACAAGAACACGCCUACAAUAGGGCUCCCGAGAACCGGUGCGGUGCAGCAUGGUACACAAAGCCCUAUCAGACAGAGCAGUCCAAAUAUCCAGAGAUCUAUUGAGAUGAAGCAGAUAAUUGAUGACACAUUCUACGUAAAGAGGAUUAAAUAUUUUGAGAAAAUGAAUAAAGCAACUCCAGGCAUCAAAGGUAUUUUGGCACUUAACUCUCAGAUGGCUGAGUCCAAAGUUCAGAGAUUGACAUGGGAAAUACUGAUGAUCUUGAAAUCCCCCAUCUAUGCAAACAUAAACAAGAUUGAUAAAGGAGAUGGAAAUAAUUCGUUUAAAGUUAAUUAUAUUGAGCAUUUGGAGGACCCAAUGGAUUUCAACCUUAGGUCGAUCACUUUGAAAAUUCCCACCCUGAAGAAUUAUGUUAGGAGGAGGAGCUCGAAGGAUACUUAUACUAGUUCCAAAAAUUUGGGCUCCCAGAAGGAUAUCCAGGUGGGAAAAUUUGACCAGAGCAAAAUAUCCCAGAAUCUCUCUAUGAGCUCAGAGAGGAUAAACUCCUGCAAGAAUAUUCCGGACCAGAGAGCUCAAUAUUGCCAUCAUGAUAACUCCAAGAUUUUCCUGUCUGAUAAUAAUGAAAUGUUUGGCUCAGGUGAGUUAGACCUCGGAGAUGAUGUGCGAGAAGCUCUUAACUUGAAGGUCAUGCUCUACAGUGGUCAAGAUUUUACUAAGACUAAAGAAUUCCAAAGUAAGAGUAAACCAGUCAAGAGCAUCAAGAAGCAUGAUCUUCUCAAGAGGAGGCCACAGACUACUGGGAAUAGUACUUCUGGCAGAAUCUGAGUACAAUCUUCAAAAAUUAAGAAAACUUUUGCGAAAUCUCAGAGAAGGAAGAGGGGGUCUAAGGCAGCACAUUUGGUUUUGAACAUUCCCAACAGGAUAGUGAAGCACCAGCAAAGUGUGAAGAAAGAGAUGCUUAAUUCCUCAACGAUUGAUGGAGACAUGAUAAAAGAGAAACCUCCUUCUCCUGAAAAUGACAACCAAACCAGGAAGAAGCGACUUAAUGAAGUCAAACGGUUAUUGAAAAGGCUGAAGAGUAACCCAAAGCCGAAGAUUCGAAGGAACCAAGACUUGAUGAUCAUGAAGAAGCCGACGAUUGGCAGGCGUCGUGAUAAGGUAUUCAAGGGUCAGAAAUAACUCCUUGCUGUGUAAGAACAAGUUGACCAUGGGUGCUACAGAACUGCAAAAUGUGCAGAACAAGACUAUGCUUCUGUUUUCGAAACCAAACCUUCGAAGCCGCAUGAGGAAUGCCAAUGAGCUCGACUUGACUGGGUUUAAGAAGAGGAAUAGCUCUGCCAUCAGCCAGAUCUUGGUGAAUGACCACAUUCGUGGAGGUACUGGCGACUGCAAAAGAAGAGAGCUCACUAGUUCAACUAAGAAGGCCAGAUUAAUCGAUGAGGAUAUAAUGUCUCAGGAAUCUGAGGAGAAACUGAACCAAGCUUUUGAGAAAGCUCUUGAGGAGGCAAACCUGAGGUCGCCUUCUAGAGUCACUGUGUACUCAGACCCUAAAAUUAUUAAGCAACAGGAGGAUCAGAUGAAGUUUACCAGGAAAAUUCAGUCAAAAUUUAUUAUUAAAAAGGGAAUUAAGAAAAGAGUUUUAGGGUUUAGAGAGAACUCAAUCAGGCUGUCUCAGAAAGGUUUUCAUGUGUUCAUACCACCGCCUCUUCAGAAUAUAUCAACACCUGAAGUUUUGUCCUCUGUGAAUGAGGAAUGAACAAGCAAGGGGUGCAUUGAUAAUCAAAAAGACAGCUUGAAGGACCUGAAUAUUUGCGUUGAGGAUCAAUCUAAUCAUUCACAAGUUGAAGCUAAUGUGUAUUUGACCCAGAGAUAUAAAAAUUUCAACAGAGAGCCUUCUUACUUCAGCUCCCAGCCAGUGACUCGGAACCCAAGUAAGGAGAAGAUAUCAGGUAUCCCAGCUGGUAAUCUUUCAAUGCAAGAGAAAGAAAAGAUGCUGAACAUAGCGUCUAGUCAUUUAGAUAUGUCAAAGGAGAUUCUUUAUGCUAAUAAUACUAACUUUGUACUAGGAAAUCCUUUAGAGAAAGAUUCUUUGAAGGGUGAACAAACCAAAUUGGCAGCUAAAGAGUCCGAAAUGUGAAGCUUCUCUGACACCAGUGAUGAGAAGCCUAUUCUAAGAAGUGUUGGUACAAAUGUGAGGUUGAAUGUGCCAUUCUCUUUCAACCCAGGUGAUUAUAAGUUGCCUUCACAGAAGGAAUAGACUAAAUAAUAUCUUCUCAAUAUUUAGAUUGA